AUGGCCAGCUCCUCUCUCACCCCCAAGACCCAUCUACGCCUGCCGGUCACCACCACAAAAGUCGCGACGCUCACCCCGCUACGCGAGGAACAAAUCCUGACGCCCCGGGAGCUCGUCAAGCCGGCCGAGUGUCCCGCGCGUCGGGCCGCGUCCGGUGCCUCAGCUCUAAAAAACGCUUUCGCCGACGCGAGAGCCGAGGGACGCGCGGCGCUCAUCCCCUACCUCACCGCCGGCUACCCCACCAAGGACGAGACCGUGGACCUCCUCCUCGCGACGCAAGCGGGCGGCGCCGACGUGAUAGAAUUAGGCGUGCCGUGCGGCGACCCCUUCAUGGAACAAGUCCGCCGCGCGGCCGGCGACGUAGGAGCAAGGCGACCAUCUGCCUAUCCUCAAAUUGAGCCGCAGCGUGAAGCGGGUGAACCCAGGUAUUUUCGUAACCACUUGGCGAUACGCCCACAUCUAUGAGCCGCUCGACCUCUUGUACGUUGCCGUCCUCGACCGCGUCCAUGAGAUUUUUUACGUCAAGCGCGUCCUCCGAGCCAAAGUCUGCGCCGUAUUUGGACUUCCACAACGCGAGUUCGUCCACGCUUUCGCCGGCGUGAGACAGGGACACGGCGGCCAGCGCUAUCAAUUGAAUGAGCUUAAUCAUCUUUGUGUCAG